AUGGGGAAUGAAGGGAGUAUACCCAGUAUUCAUCCUCCUAAUGAAAUCAACUUUGAGCAAAUUCAAAGCAGAACAAAUCAAACUGCCAUUACCAACUUCAUUCUUCUUGGAUUUGGUGAUCACCCAGAACUGCAAGUCCUUCUCUUCCUAGCCUUCCUUAUCAUCUAUAUGAUGACCAUGGCUGGGAAUCUCCUAAUCGUCAUUCUAGUUGUGGCUGAUCUGCAUCUCCACACCCCCAUGUACUCCUUCCUAGGGAGCUUGUCCUGCCUGGAGAUCUGCUACACUUCAACUAUCAUUCCCCGGAUACUCUUUAGUCUUUUGACUGGAGAUAGAUCUAUUUCUGUUAAACGUUGCAUUGUACAAUACUAUUUCUUUGGUGCCUUAGCAUCUACAGAAUGUUAUCUCCUGGCUUCAAUGUCAUAUGAUCGAUUUUUGGCCAUAUGCAAACCACUGUAUUACUCAACUUUCAUGAAUGGUAGGCUCUGCCUUUGGCUUAUUGUUGGCUCUUGGAUAAGUGGUUUACUAAGUAACACCAUCAUAACAUCUCUAGAGUUGCAGCUGUCAUUUUGUGGGCCCCAUGAAAUUGAACAUUUCUUUUGUGAUCUAGAGCCAGUGAUAAAGCUUUCCUGCAGCAAUACCCACAUGGUAGAAAUUGUAACAUUCAUCUUGGCUGCCAUGGAUUCCAUACUUCCCUUUCUACUUAUCCUUAUUUCAUAUAUAUACAUUAUCAGCAAUAUCCUUCAGAUCCGUUCAAAAGCCAUGAGGCAGAAGGCUUUCUCCACUUGUUCAUCCCAUCUCAUUGUAGUGACACUUUUCUUUGGGUCCCUGAUCAGCGUCUACAUGAUUCCCAAAACCAACACCCUGAAGGAGCUUCAUCAAACCUUCUCUCUUUUUUAUACCAUCAUAACUCCCAUGGUCAAUCCUCUAAUAUACAGUUUGAGAAACAGAGAGAUGAAGGAGGCCCUGUAUAGAACUGUCAGGAGAGCUGUCAAUGUGGCUCAAUUUCCUUAG